AUGACAGACGAGGUGGACAAACAUGUCCUGCGGAAGUACGACAUUCUGCAGAAGCUAGGCAAAGGGGCCUACGGAAUUGUGUGGAAGAGCACAGACCGCCGAACGAACGAAACUGUCGCCUUGAAGAAGAUCUUCGAUGCCUUCCAAAAUGCCACCGACGCGCAGCGCACCUUCAGAGAAAUCAUGUUCCUGCAGGAGCUGGCAGGACAUGACAACAUCGUCCGCCUCAUGAACGUCUUGAAGGCAGACAAUGACAGAGACAUCUACCUCGUCUUCGACUACAUGGAGACCGAUCUCCACGCCGUGAUUCGCGCGGAUAUUCUCGAGGAAAUCCACAAGCAGUACAUCGUCUAUCAACUCCUCCGCGCCAUCAAGUUCAUGCACUCGGGAGAGCUGCUUCAUCGCGACAUGAAGCCGUCCAACGUCCUCCUGAACAGCGAAUGCCACGUCAAGGUCGCCGACUUUGGUUUGGCGCGAUCCGUCGCUCAUAACGAGGCAGCCAGCCAGGACGGCGGAAACCCAGUCCUCACGGACUACGUGGCGACGCGCUGGUACCGUGCGCCAGAGAUCCUCUUGGGCAGCACUUGCUACACGAAGGGAGUCGACAUGUGGUCGCUGGGCUGCAUUCUCGGCGAGCUCCUCUCGGGGCGCCCAAUCUUUCCAGGGACGUCCACGAUGAAUCAGCUCGAGCGAAUCAUGACUCUCACAGGCAGACCGAGCGCAGAGGACAUCGACGCGAUCAAAUCUCCGUUUGCAGCGACGAUGAUGGAGAGCUUGCCUCUUGGAAAAGUCAAGAGCUUCAAAGACGCGUUCCCGAACGCUUCUCCCGAGGCUCUUGAUCUUCUGAAGCAGCUGCUUCAGUUCAACCCCAACAAACGCAUCAGCGCAGAGAAGGGACUUCAGCACCCGUACAUCAGGCAGUUCCACAGCCCAGAGGACGAGCCGGUGUGCGGAAAAAUCAUCACGAUUCCGAUUGACGACAACACCAAGUACUCUGUGGAGGACUACCGAGACAAAGUGUACUCGGAGGUGAUCAAGAAGAAACACGACCAGCGGCGUCAGCGUCUCGCGGCGUCCUCCUCGGGGCGGCAUCACUCCUCGUCGUCUUCGCACCACACCUCGUCGCACCACUCCUCGUCGCACCACUCCUCGUCGCACCACUCCUCGUCGCACCACUCCUCGUCGCAUCACUCCUCGUCGCAUCACUCCUCGUCGCAUCACUCUUCUUCAGGCACCCGCGUCUCGUCGGGAGCCCACGCGGCGCCCGCCGGAGGGACGCCCUCGUCGCAGCCGCGCACCGCUUCCUCUGGAGGAUCACCGCCGCAGCGCACGAACAGUCGCUCCGCGGCGAGCGGCUCGUCUUCGGCGCUCUACGCCAAGGGCGCCGGAAGCGCAAGUCCCCCGGCCGCCGGCGCGCCGGCCCACGCGGCCUAUGCAGCCCAGGCGGCGACCGCAGCCGCUUCGCCGCAGGCCUCCGCGGCGGCGGCGUAUCCGUCCUAUCCUGCGGCGGCGUACGUUGCCGCGUCUUCGCCGGCGGCCUCUUCUUCGCCUUCCUCCUCGUAUGUCUACCUGAGCGCGUCGCAUGCGUCGCAGCGCGCGGGCUCGGGGGUGCCGGCGGGCGGCGCGACUACCUCCGCGACCGCGGCGUCCCGCUAUGCGGCGUACCCAACCUCGACCCUCGUCUCCUCUGCGCAGCACCAAGCCGCGCCGCCGGCGGGCGCCUCGCCCGCGCGCGUCAGCCCGACCGCCGGCGCCACGUCGAGCAACACGCCCGCCUACUACGCCCCGUCGCACUUUUUCAGCGGCUCCGCCGCCAACCACGCGACGACGACGACGCCAGCCGCUGCGGCUGCGGCUGCGCUCGCCGCCGGCAGGCCGCAGGAGCUCACGCGCAGCGGCAGCCUCACGUUCCAUCAAGUUCGUGCCAAAUCCGAGGCCUACGUGCGCUCUGGAAGCAAGUCGAGCGUCAGCUCCUCUCAAGUGAGUGGCUAG